GAAGGCGCGGGCGUCGACGGGGCGAGGCGGGAGAGGAGGAGGACGACGCCGCGGCUUCCUCCACCGCGCGCAGCUGGGGGGAGGGGAGAGGAAGAGGUCCGGCGGCCGUCGUCCCCGCAGAACGACGACGACGAGGAACGGGCCGCUGCUGGCCUCCCCGCCUCCUCCCUCUUCACGUGCUCGCUGUGGGAGUUGUGGGGAAAGGCGGCGCUCUAGCUGCAAGUCGACUCCAUCCUUGUCGCCGUCGCACAAAGUUGCCGCUGCCAUUGUGUAGCUCGUCACCGGCGACCAGACCUCUUCCGCUCCCGCCGACCGGCUCGCCAAAACGAGGAAGAGAGAGAGGAAGAAGGGAGAGAAGAGGGGGGGACCCGCCAAAACGAGGCACUGCCUCCCUCCUUUGCGCCCCCGGCCAAAGCAGUCGCCACAGCGCCGCCCAUCGCCGGCUGCCCCGCCAGCCUCCUCCGCAGUCCGCACCUGCCGGUCAGCCUGAGAAAAGUGAGAGACUGAGAGAGAAGGGGAGAGGAGGGGAAAUAAGAGAGAGGUGAUGAGUUGGCAUUCUGAGAUGUGAGGCCCACCGUGGGUCCCAUGCUGACUCAGCAGCCACGUAGGAUAAAACUGGGUCAAAACCACCUAAGAACCUCGGGUGACUGGUUUUAUAUAGUUAAGGGACCUCGCAUAUCUGGUUUUGCGGUUCGAGGACGUUUUUUAUUCCGAUGACAAGUUGAGGGACCUUCGGUGUACUUUUUCCGCUCACAUCCAAAUACUUCUGUCACUGAGGCCCAUCUAGCAAACAAUAUUCCGGCCCAUGAAAACUCCCGUGCGGCAACGCACACAGCUUCGCAAUCUCCCCACCUUAUCGUCGUCGUCGCCACUGUCCCCCGUGCCCGAUGGCCGCGCCCGCGCCCACAGCUUCGCCGCCGCCGCCGCCCGCCAUGUCCGGCCUCCUCUCCUUCGCCUCGUCCCGCCCCUACCCUCCCCUCCCCGCGCCCAGACCCGCCGCCGCCGCCCCCAGGCCGCGCCUCCGCAUAGCGGGUUCCGCCGCCGCGGCCCCCAACGCCGUGUCCCACCGGGCAUCCUCCUCCUUCUCCUCCGGAGACCGCCUCCGCUCGCUCGUCCGCCGCGGGGAGCUCGACGAGGCGCUCCGCCUCGUCGGGUCCGCGCGGAGGCCCGACGCGGGCACCUGCGCCGCGCUCAUCAAGAAGCUCAGCGCGUCGGGGCGCACCGCGGAGGCCCGCCGCGUGCUGGCCGCGUGCGGCCCCGACGUCAUGGCGUACAACGCCAUGGUGGCCGGGUACUGCGGCGCGGGGCAGCUCGACGCCGCGCGGCGGCUCGUCGCGGAGAUGCCCGUGGAGCCCGACGCCUACACCUACAACACGCUCAUCCGAGGCCUCUGCGGACGCGGCCGGACCGCGAACGCGCUGGCGGUGCUCGACGAAAUGCUCCGCCGGCGAUGUGUGCCGGACGUGGUCACCUACACCAUCCUCCUCGAGGCCACGUGCAAGAGGAGCGGGUACAAGCAGGCCAUGAAGCUUCUCGACGAGAUGCGAGAUAAGGGGUGCACCCCGGACAUUGUCACCUACAACGUCGUUGUCAAUGGAAUCUGCCAAGAAGGACGGGUUGACGAUGCCAUUGAGUUCUUGAAGAACCUCCCGUCAUAUGGCUGUGAACCAAACACAGUUAGCUAUAACAUUGUGUUGAAGGGCCUGUGUACCGCGGAGCGAUGGGAGGAUGCCGAGGAGCUCAUGGGCGAGAUGGGCCAGAAGGGUUGCCCUCCAAAUGUGGUAACUUUUAACAUGCUCAUCAGUUUCUUAUGCCGGAAAGGAUUGGUUGAGCCAGCACUGGAAGUCCUUGAGCAGAUCCCCAAGUACGGUUGCACACCUAAUUCGUUGAGUUACAACCCGCUUCUCCACGCAUUCUGCAAGCAAAAAAAGAUGGAUAAAGCGAUGGCGUUUUUGGAUUUGAUGGUGUCCAGAGGCUGUUAUCCAGACAUCGUUUCAUACAACACUCUACUUACUGCACUCUGCCGCAGUGGUGAGGUUGACGUCGCUGUUGAAUUGCUUCAUCAACUCAAGGACAAGGGCUGCGCUCCUGUCUUGAUAAGUUAUAACACGGUCAUUGAUGGGCUUACGAAGGCUGGGAAGACAAAGGAAGCACUAGAGCUGCUCAAUGAGAUGGUCAGCAAAGGGCUCCAACCAGAUAUUAUCACAUACUCGACAAUAGCUGCUGGUCUUUGUAGAGAAGAUAGAAUUGAAGAUGCAAUUAGGGCAUUUGGUAAAGUGCAAGAUAUGGGCAUAAGGCCCAACACUGUGUUGUACAAUGCGAUAAUUCUUGGGCUUUGCAAAAGGCGUGAAACACACAGUGCCAUUGAUCUUUUCGCUUACAUGAUAGGGAAUGGCUGCAUGCCGAAUGAAUCAACUUACACCAUAUUGAUUGAAGGCUUGGCUUAUGAGGGAUUGAUCAAGGAGGCACGGGAUUUGCUGGAUGAAUUAUGUUCGAGAGGUGUUGUAAGGAAGAGCUUGAUAAAUAAGGGAGCCAUUAGACUGCUUGAUUGAACUAUGAAUACAUAUAAGAGGAUCAACUGAGUAUCGAGGGUCUGAGAAUGAGAUUUUGUGCAUCUUCGCUCUUCAGCAGGAGAGGAGAUUUUACUGGAUGUUCACCUAAUUGAUGUUGCUUUCUUGACAACAUUCUUGCCGUGCUCAAAUGCUAAUGGAGGUCCUUUUCUCAGAUUGCCACCAGAAGGUACUUGAACAAACAGUGAAUCUGAGCCUCACUGUCCAUCAAAACUGAUCUGUUUAUAUAUAUGCAAGGCACUGAUAACCUUGCCCAGCUGGUUUUGUAUUCAGAAGAGGCUGGAUUGCCUUCACGACGAUCGUCAUGUUCGGUCGGAAGUCGGCUUCGUACUGAACGCACAAUGCUGCAACUGCUGCUAGCUGAAAAAAAAUCAUGAAAGAAAAAACAAUGGCACUCACUGCUGCUUUCUGAAUUUUGUCAGAUUUGCUACAGUAUAGCUACCUUUGCGACAGCCUUCGGAGGGUAAUCAUUGUUGAGCUUUGGAUCGACGCACUGCUUAACUUUAUCUUCGCUCAAUCUUGGAGUAGCCUGCCUCACAAAGAUCAUGGUAUAUGUAAGAUCAUUGGAAAUGGAAAGAUUGAAAUAGGAUAUAUUGUAAUAAGUUAUCUUUUGUUGAAGGAUAAAACUUCUCCUUA